AUGCCAUGCUUCGUGUCUAAGGAACUGGCGCCGUUGCUCGUUCCAGUGAACCAACCUGAAAAAGUCAAGUCGACCUUCGAGGAGUACGGCGUGUGUGUUGUGACGAAUGUGCUGACCGGCGAGGAAUGUGAGGUACUCGAGGAGCUCUGGCACGAUGAUUUGCUGCAAUUGCUGCGGGGAAAAAAAUCUCAGGACAACCAUUUAGGAAUGAAGGGGACGGCCUCCAAGCAUGGUUUGGCGCACGGAAGCUUCGCAUGGGCUGCACGACUGCAUCCGAAAGUGCGCCAAGUCUUUGCGGAUCUGUAUGACGCGGAGCAGCAGGACUGCUGUGGGGGCAAGCUCGAGGAGUUGGUGGUUGGCCUCAACCCUGUCUUCUGGUCUAGCGCCCAGGAUGCUGGCAAGGACACGAACCCUGAGUGGCUGCAUGUCGAUCAGAAUCAUCGCACAGGUGUGACAUGGCCCUGUGCACAAGGAGUGCUCUAUGUUUGGCCUUCCGAAGGUUCUAGCUCCUCAAGCACGGUGGUUUGGCCUAAGAGCCAUACGGAGGUGUAUGAGAGGAUGAUGGAGGAUCCACUGGCGAUGCUUCGUGGGCGCUCUCUAGCAGGACAAACGGUGAAGCUGAAGGAGCUGAAUCAGCCCCAUCUCCGCGAGGAGCUAAUGAGCGAGGCGCUGUUGAAUGCGCGGCGCGUGCCGUGCCCAGCUGGAAGUUUGCUCCUCUGGGACUCUCGCACCGUCCACCAGGGCUGGCGUGGUGGCCCUCGCUUGGCACAGCCCAUUUGCUGGGAGCCACGAGUCCGACGAUCAGAGGAGGCGCUCAAGCGGAAGUUAUGGAUGUGCUGCAGCGGCGUGCCCUCUACCCACUCCGCUGCAGAGGGCCGUGUACACGACAUGGCAAAGGAGGCACCCAGCCCUUCUUUGGAAGAUGGUUUGCCUUUGCUGAGGGCCUGCCUUGUACCCUAUGGCAUUCGCAGCAACCAGGAGCUGGACACAUACGGAUUGCAUUUUGAGAUAAUCACACGGCAGAAACUGUUCCUAGCUGCAUCCAACAAGUUGAGAACUUGGCCAAUCCACAUGGCCCAUGACUUUUCUGUCCGAAAGAGACAAACGAGAACAACGAAACACCGCGGCAGGAGAGUACUUGGGCUCAGCAACAGCAGGCCCUUUGGCCUUCCGAAACCCCCAAGCAGGUCGCCGCAGCCUCUUGGCACCAUGUGGUGUUUGCCUUAA